GAUAGUAUUUGGUUAGUGACUCGCUGAUAUGCUGUCGUUAAUCAAAGACAGUUAAUAAUUAAUUUCCUAUGCCAACCAAAUAUUAGAGGAAGGCACUUCAAAGAGAACAUUUUACACCAGGCUGUCCUCAGUUAUGAAACCAAUUCAAUUCAUUUCCGUGUUGUUUUAUUAAUUGAUUUCAUGUUAAAUGUCUUAUAAAUGAGCACUCGGUCAAAGCUGCUUCAGCAGCUUGUUUGGCCAGCCUAGGCGCCAUGUCUUGAGACGCUCCAUAUUCUACAGUGGAGGAAUGGCGCUGCUAACACAGCACUUCGACACUCAAUGCUGAAUUCUCAACGGUGAGGUAACCUAUGAAAUUUCUUGAUAAUGACCACCAAAUCAUCUUUGCUGAAAGUGAUUCUGCUGGGGGAUGGUGGCGUAGGAAAGUCAUCCCUCAUGAACCGCUAUGUCUCUAACAAGUUUGAUUCACACCUAUUCCACACAAUCGGUGUGGAGUUUCUUAACAAAGAGCUGGAUGUGGAUGGUCACAUGGUUACCCUACAGAUCUGGGACACAGCAGGCCAGGAAAGGUUCCGAAGUCUCCGUACGCCCUUUUACCGUGGCUCUGACUGCUGUCUGCUUACAUUUAGCGUGGACGAUAAUCAAAGUUUCCUGAACCUCAACAACUGGACGAAAGAGUUUGCAUUUUAUGCAGAUGUCAGGAACCCAGAGAAAUUUCCUUUUGUUGUUCUAGGAAAUAAAGUAGAUGUGAUGGAGCGUCAGGUGUCAAUGGAAGAAGCUCAAAAGUGGUGUCAAGAGAAUGGUGGAUAUCCAUACUUUGAGACAAGCGCAAAAGAUGCCACUAAUGUCUCAGCUGCUUUUGAGGAAGCAGUUAGGCGUGUGCUUGCAUCUGAAGAUCGUGCAGAACAUCUCCUGCCUACAGACACUGUCGACAUAUGCAGAAAGCCGCGUUCUAACGGCUCGUGCUGUUGAUGCGUUUUAAUGAAAUGGACACAACUGAAGUACUCGUUAUGUGCUAGCAAGUAAAUGUAUACUCUUUAACUCUAAACAGCAGAUGCCAGAAAUAACUUCUUGUGUGCUGUGCAAUAUGCUUCCUUUGAUACAGCAGAGCUAUAAUCUCAAACACUUGUCCAGCUCUGAACAAAUGAAGAGAAUUUUAGAAUUACAUGCCUUGUUUAGUUUAAAAUAAUCUCUUUAAUUCAUAUUCCCUUUUCAUCUCUUCAAAGCACUGGAUUACCUUCCUGUUAGAUUUAGAUUAAGUUGAGAAAUAAACAUCAUCUAUUACAUUCAUGAAUACUGGAAUGUGUUUUUAUCUCAUAAAUGUAAUUUACAAGCUGUGUUACUUUAAGUGCCUUUAGCACAUGGUUGUUUGUUUGCCUUAUUUAACAGUCGUGCAUCAUAAGACGUUUUGGAAUAUCUUAAGAGUCAUGAAGUGUGUUUUUUUUAUUUAUUAUUAUUAUUUUUUCAAAUGUAUUUUGUAUAAUAAACAGAGCGAUUCCAAUAGGAUGAUUUCUGUCACAAAAUGAUUCUCAUAAUGAUCCUGCAUGCUCAUUUGAGUUUGUGAUUUUUUUUUUUUUUUUUUUUUGUAUUUGUUAAUAAUUCACUGAACCAUUACUAAAUUAAAGUAUUUGAUUUUAGAUUAUAGGUUUUUAUUGUCUUUUAUCAUGUUUUUUAAAUCAAAAGUUCAGGGUAAAGUUGAAAUGUUUUUAAUAAAAAUAAGAGUGCAAUGUUCUCAUUUCUACACCAGGUGGCGCAAUUACGACAAAAUGCACAUUUUAAAUGCAUAAACAGUGCAGAAGGACUUGAGAAAUGAGAAAUAUUGAGAAAUGAUAGUUACCUUGCAAUGCAGUUAAGUUAUAAGACUUAAGUUAUAUCUUUUGCACAGGUUUUUUUAAUAACACAAAACAGUGCAUAUAGAUCAUAGAUUUUUUUUACUAGAGAAGGUUACAAAAAUCACUAUACAGGAUUCAUAAAACAUCUGACUUCAAAUAAAAUUGACUGAAACAUCUAAGACUAUAAUUUCCAUCAAGAUACAAUGAAAUGUUUGGGGGGAAGACAACUGUGAAUUGUAGUUCAUUAGAACAAUGUACUACACAUCACUUGAAGUACUGCAAAAACAAAACAAAAUAUCUUUCCUUCAUGCAAUAAUAAGGGAACAAUAGAACAUCCAGGCACACCUUUUCUUUUUCAAAACCUGGGUAAAUAGAUUAAUGGAUCUAUUAAUAAAUAAUGGACAUUAAUAGAUUAAUUCCUGAAAGCUUACUUGAAAAGAAUUUAACAUACAGCAAGAAAUGGCAUAUAAUUGGCAGUAAAACAAUUGUAUAUGUGGACAAUACUAACAUGCUUAUAUUUACAUUACAGAGAAGAAUUAUUUCAGUUAAAAGAGAUCAAUAAAAAGAGUCGUAUUGUAAAAGUAGUAAUAGAAAGAGAGAGAAACCAGUUAGGAAAAAGAUACACUGCCAGAACAAGGCGGCAUUAUUUGACUGUAAAUUCAAACUAAUUUCAGAGUUCCACAUCCACAUAGCAAUAACUCACACAGAGGAGUCACAACCAUUUCAUAAAUCUCAUGGUAAACAUUGAUCUUGCCAUAUUAUCAAAUUC